CUGAGAUCCAAGCUCCUAAAUAUUGGGUCUGCGUUCUCUCGCCCGGAUGCUAGGGUUGUUUUCAACUGUACUGGCAACAGCUCAAAAGACCUGCCAGGUGUUGAGGAUUCCAAACGUUAUCCGACCAGAGGCCAAAUCGUGUUGGCCAAGGCCGCUCAUGUGCAGAAAAAUAUUAUGCGACAUGGCAGAAACUAUAAGACGUACAUCAUUCCAAGACCCUGGUCAAACGGAAAUGUAGUUCUCGGAGGAUAUAUGCAGAAGGGUGUUGGAACGAGUGACACUUUUGCAUACGAGACCGAGUCCAUUCUGCAACGAACAUCUGCUCUUCAAGUUAGCAGCGAGCUUACCGAAGCCGAGCCAGAGGUGCUCGCUAGCUUUUCCGGUCUUCGGCCUUCGCGCGAGGGUGGUGCCAGAGUCGAGCUGGUCGAGCUGAUUGUCGAUGGCCAGACGCGUGUUCUUGUCCACAACUACGGGGCGAGCGGCACGGGCUUCCAGGCCGGAUAUGGCAUUGCGUUGGAGGCUGUCGAAGCCAUUGAAGAUGUUCUGCAAGGCAUUGCGCAGAAUCAUACUGGAGCUAAACUUCGACGUUUCGAUAUCAAUUCGAGUUGA